AUGCCGCGAAAAUUCUCAACUAAUUUGCCACUCAGCUCUUCAACUAUCUUGCCAUCGACGGAGACCCUGGCUAAGAGCCACAACAAUGAGUCGAUUAGCAAGGCAGCUCUUCUGGAGGAUGAAGAGAACAGGUGCAAGCGUAUUUUCCUGCAUCUCGAAAGUCUUUGCCUUACUAGAGAGGCGCGUGCAAGCUUACAUGCGUUCCAACAACUCUAUGCGCGCAAGAUGCGGAGACCUGGUUUGCUUCCCGAUGGGGGUACCAUGGAAGAUCGGAGCCUUAUAUCUCGUCUUAUUGUCGGCGGGCGGAAAAUUAGUGGCAACUCUGGGCCUGGGGCCACAAGGGCAGCCGAACUCAAGGAUGCAGUUCCGGCUUGCGAUGUGACGCCUACGGUGCCUGGCCUGCGCGGUAAUCGAUUGAGUUUAAUGUGA